AUGUCUACACAUUCAAAUCACCCAUUUCAUUUAGUUGAUUAUAGCCCAUGACCUUUAACAGGAGCAAUUGGUGCUAUAACUACUGUUUCAGGAAUAGUAAAAUGAUUUCAUCAAUAUGAUAUCUCUUUAUUUUUUUUAGGAAAUGUAAUUACUAUUUUAACCGUUUAUCAAUGAUGACGAGAUGUAUCACGAGAGGGAACAUAUCAAGGAUUACAUACUUAUGCUGUAACUAUUGGAUUACGAUGAGGAAUAAUUUUGUUUAUUUUAUCAGAAGUAUUAUUUUUUGUUAGAUUUUUUUGAGCUUUUUUCCAUAGAAGUUUAUCUCCAGCUAUCGAAAUUGGAGCCUCAUGACCUCCUAUAGGAAUUAUUUCUUUUAAUCCAUUUCAAAUUCCUUUAUUAAAUACAGCAAUUUUAUUAGCAUCAGGAAUUACAGUAACUUGAGCUCACCAUAGUUUAAUAGAAAGAAAUCAUUCACAAACAACUCAAGGAUUAUUUUUUACUGUAUUAUUAGGUAUUUAUUUUACUAUUUUACAAGCAUAUGAAUACAUUGAAGCCCCUUUCACAAUUGCAGAUUCAGUUUAUGGAUCUACAUUUUAUAUAGCAACAGGAUUCCAUGGAGUUCACGUUUUAAUUGGAACAACUUUUUUACUUGUAUGUUUAUUGCGUCAUCUAAAUAAUCAUUUUUCAAAAAAUCACCAUUUUGGAUUUGAAGCAGCAGCUUGAUAUUGACAUUUUGUUGAUGUAGUUUGAUUAUUUUUAUAUAUCACAAUUUACUGAUGAGGAGGUUAA